ACAUGUUGCGGGCGAAUACAAGGUUUGGAAUCUAGAAGAAGUUACACGCUUUAGUAGUGUUCAAGCGGGUUAUCCUGAGGAUUAAAAAUCCAUCAGAUCUGGUCAAUCUGCUUUUCAACUGCAGCAGAAGGGUUGCAGCCUGAGCUAGCAUGUGUAGCAGCGCACACGCAUACUUUUCUUCAGCCUUCGUAGGGUUCAGGGCGCCUUCCUUUAAGAUCAGCCUUGGUUUGGCAAGGUCUUGCUGUUGUAGCAUGAUGCAGAAGGUAUAACAAUGACAUGCAGGAAGCCAGUGAUUUAUCUUUGGAUGAUCUUUUGCUGCAUGCCUUUGCACUGAAGUAACGCAGGUGAUGCUACCAUGGCGCCGAGCAGUACCAAGCCCGCCCCUCAGUUCCUUCGGCGGAGCGACUCUGCCAGUAGGAAAGCUAUCACGCAAGUGAUAGAUGUGCCACGACACUAUGGGCACAGGCCUGGCUUGCCUCACUCACCGCUUCCCCCCACCGGCCGCCAUCGUCGCUCCAACAGCGUUCCUCAUAGCACCCUGCUAGAAGUGCCGGAUGAAGGCAGUUGGUCCGCAGAUGAUGCAGAUGAAGCUGAAGGGCCCCCCAUCAAACCUCCCGAGAAGAAGACCCGCCCACGACCUCUGCAGCCACCGCUCGGUUUGGGCAUGGGCUUUGAUCGCCCGUUUGGCGUGACCACCGACCUGGAAGCCCCGCUGCUGCAUGGGCAGACUGGGCCCAUCGCUGCGGACGAUCAGUCCGAGCUAGAAGAUGAGAAGGACCUGCCCCUGGUGGGGCUGCCCGCGGUGGCGAACCUGAAAGCGGAGGCGUACAAGCAGUGGACCAUGGCGCUGCCCAUCAGCACCAUGAACAUCUUUGAGUUCAUGCUGGCGCUCGUGUCCGUCAUGUUUGUGGGCCACCUGGGCGCCACCCAGCUGGCAGCGGCUGCCCUGGCCGCCAGCGUUGCGAAUGUCACCGGGAUCUCUGUCAUGGAGGGCCUCGCAAGUGCCCUGGAGACGUUGUGCGGGCAGGCGUACGGCGCGGAGCAGUACGAGCAGCUGGGGCUGAUGCUGCAGCGGGGGGGCGUGAUCAUGACCAUCUUCUGUAUACCCAUCGCCCUGCUGUGGCUCAAGGCGGAGGACAUCCUGCUGCUCUGGCACCAGGAGCCCGCCAUCGCCGCCCUCGCGGGCCAGUACAUGCUCUACCUCAUACCUGGCCUCGUCGCCUCCGCCUGGCUAUACCCGGUCGCAGAGUACAUUCAGAGCCAGGCCAUCUCAUACCCGCUGGCACUGUGUUCCGGGCUAAGCCUGCUGCUGCACAUCCCCAUCAACUACUUGUUCAUCUACACGUUCGAUUUCGGCUUCACCGGCGCCGCCAUUGCUAACUCGUUCUCCGAGAUCGUGAAUCUGGGGCUGCUCGUUUUGUACCUCCGCUAUGAGACGAGCGGGAUUUUGGAGCGCACGUGGGACGGCUGGUCGCGCGACUGCCUCGAGGACUGGGGGCCCUUCCUGGCGCUCGCAAUUCCGGCAUGCUUGAUGACCUGUUUGGAGUUGUGGUGUUUCGAGCUGAUCGUGAUCCUGGCGGGCCUGCUGCCCAACCCCGAGGACCAGGUGUCGGCCAUGACCGUCUGCUUCAACACCACCGCGCUCUGCUUCAUGCUCCCCCUCGGCCUCAGCACCGCCGUCAGUGUCCGUGUGAGCAACGAGCUGGGCGCGAACAAGCCGGGCCGUGCGCGGCUGGCGCUGCACACGAGCAUCGGGCUGGCGCUGCUGGUGGGCGCGGGCGUGUCGCUGCUGCUGCUGCUCGUGCGGAAGCAGUGGGCGCUCCUCUUCACGUCCGCCGACGAGACGGGCGUCAUCGCACUCGUGUCGCAGCUCAUGCCGCUCGUGGUCGCCUCCCAGUUCGGGGUGGCGCUGCAAGCCAUCCUCUCGGGCGUGCUGCGUGGCAGCGGUCAGCAGCUGGUGGGCAGCGUGAUCAACUUCAUCUGCUACUACGCCGUUGGCGUGCCCGCGUUGAUCUGGUUCACCUUCAAGUGGCACUGGGGCCUCGAGGGGCUGUGGUACGGCCUAAUGCUGGGCGUGACGGUCCAGAUCGUGCUGCUCAUGGCGCUGCUGCUGCACACGGACUGGACGCUCCAGGCCGACCUAGCCGCGGAAAGGGUAGACGAGUUCUUGGAGAGCAGCAGCGAGGAGAGCGCGCAAGAGGAAGAUCCCGACGAACCAUAGAUGCUGAGACUGUACUAUACAGAUUGCACGCACGAGCAUUCAACGGUGGGGGCAGUGUGCCGCUAGCGGCCCUGAGCACAACGCUUGGUUCGCCCCGCCGAUUGCAAAAAGUACAUGGAGUUGGGAGUCGUGUCGACGGACACGAAGGAGCCUCCUGAAUCUCCGGCAUGCCAUUUAGCAGGUGCCCAUUGAUUACGCGAGAUCAUUUUAGAUACACGUUACCUGGUCUUUUUCUCAAGAGAAAAAGCUGGCACGCACAGGCAGGAAUUGGCGAAUGGCCAAGAUGACGUGUGAUGAGGAAAUGGAUCAAGUGGUACUCCCUGACCGGACAAGGCUAUCUGCCUAAAAUCUUUCGGCACAGGAGCUUGCACGAUUUGUGUGCAAUGCGUUCGAGGCCCGUUUGUAUACACUGGUAGGCGGGUCCCGCCUAAAUUGCGCCAGGCUGCCCGUCUUAUGUUCAGG